CAAAUACGUGCACAGGCUGACAGGCCCUCUCUCCCAUUGCUCCAAUGCAUGUCAGUCAUUAUUCUCUGCUUCACCCAUUCUAGGUUGAGCUCCUUCGGUGUGACCUGGAUCUAGCCUGUCUAGCCUGUCUUGCCUGUUUACAUCGGAUCAUGAGCUUGCCGAUCAAGUAAACUAACAACAAACUACUGUACCCCAUCCUUACUCAGUAACACCUCUCCAGGCUCUCCUCUUGCAGCUCUCAUUCCGGGGUAAAGCUAGGGCCUCUUGGCUUAGGCGAGCUAUCCGAUUCUUAUCGUUGUUAGAUCUCCAUGCCAAGCAGCCAGCCUAUUAACUGAUCUGUCUGUCUGUCUACGGAGUAACUAUCCGUACCAAAGGUUCGUUUGAUAUGUCUCGAUACACCCCUGUCCAAUUCCAAUUCUUGAUAACCCUUGCCAACGGCAUUGGCUCAGCGUCCGCUUCCACGUCGAGCAUAUGUAUAUAUGUAUCUUUGCCAGCAACAUCUUUGACUCUUGUUGUCAUCACAUAUGUACGUACAUACAUAAUACCUAGCUAUCCAAUAAUGUAUGUAUAUGUUCACAAACAAACGCCCUCAUGCUUGACCAUUUGCCACCGUGGUUGCAUAAGUUGUGUUGCAUCUGCCAGCUCUUUGCCGAGCUGAGCUACCAACGGUUGGUGUCUCGCGACAUUGAUCCAAUUGCCAUCUCUCAAGGACCACCACCACGCCUCGAAUAGGUUCGUGUCUGCUAAAAAGCCACCUUACGGCAAAUAGCUUCCUGAGGUGAUGAGCAACACGGUCACGGUACCUUUGUCUAGCUUGUAUGUUGGCCAUUUAGUGUUACGACUACCACCACCUUUGGCUUUUGUUUCCAAUCAAGGGACUCAGACCAUUGCUAGAGGCUGGCUGAUCAUACACUCAAUCGUCAUCGCGGUCGAGCUACCCAGGCUACCUCUCUGAUAGCGGCAACCUCCUGAAGUAUUUCUCAACCACUCACCAAGAACCCUUUGUAUUGUGACCAUCACGCUGACGUCAAUGGCCGUGAUGGUCUUAAUCAAAGCCACGUCCAGCUGCCUCCCUACGUAGCAUCAGCUGUAUCUCUACAAGCGAAACGCCACUGCAAGCGUCAAUCUACAACCGCUCUUGUCUAACCUUCCCAUGUCCUACAACCCGAAUAGACGUAGAUAGGCAGGCAGUCGAGCCAUUCAUCUUGCGGGGUAAUUACCUGGACACCUCCAUUACCUUAGUACCUAUUUAUCCUUUCGAUACUUCCCAAGGCAGUAUAUAAACACCUCGUUGUCCAACGAUCUUGACCUGAUGGCUUCCAAAUCUUCUUCCUUAACUAUCAAACUACCUAGAAUUGAAGAUACCCCAAAACAUUCGAACUCAGAUUCUUUCUUUCUUCUUUCCUGCUUCGCCACCAAAAGCUCUUUACACGGCCCAGAUACUGAACAAUGGAGCAACCUAUUAACACCCAAGAGUGUACCACACAGCCCCUGAACGAAACGCCUGUUGUUGGGUCUCCCCCCCAGGAUCGUAGAGCAAGCGAUGCCGCACAAGACCGGAGAAUGAGCGAUGAAUGGGAUGCGUCAAAGGUACCCCCCAGUCGUUUCCAAAAACGUAAGGGAUCUAUCUAUGCUACACCUGGAUCCCGCGAUGGUCAUGUCGACAGGAAUUACCAGGACAAGUACUGGUCCAAAAUGACCGAGAAGAACUGGGGCAGCGGCAGCAAGUAAGCAUCGGGAACGAGUGUUGCGUUGUCAGGUAGCAGGAGUUUGGUUUCAUGAUUGUUGAAUUCACAGCUGUAAGAUAAGAAAUUAAAUACGGAACAUAAGGGAAUAGUUAUCUUGAACAAACGUCUUGCACGCCCUACUAUGCAAAGAAAAACCUAAAUUAGACAUUCCACCUGGAAUUGCCCAUCAUUCAUCAAUGCCAUCGAUCUCAAUGGCG